AGCCGAUACUUAGUGACGAAGUUGGCGACAGCGAACCGAACGAUGCAUAUGAGGAGGGGGAUUGCUGAUCGCAAAAUCCGAAACAUCGCGUGCGGCGCUUUGCGAUUCACAAGUGUUUAACUUUUCAAUUUCUCAGCGUUGGACUGACGCUUCCGUUUGUACAGCAGGGGACUGCGGGAGAACUACAAGCAAGUUUAUGCGGAUUUUCUACGAGUUGGUAUCUACAAGCAGCUGAUCAGCUGGUACGCUUUACGGCAACCCAUAAUAGGCCGCACAAAGCUUGCGAGCGGAGCUUGACAGAGUUUAGUACUUUGUAGUCACGCGUGUGAGCCAUACGCUGCGCUUCCCAGACUUGGUCUGCUGUACAAAUUUGACGUUUACAUCAAAUAAAGUUCCGAGAGAUUAAUCUGCGGCGGCGGUGGCAACGUAGGCAGCGCCAGUAAGCAUCAUCAUCACCACCAUCAUCACGGGGAGGAGCUCGACUAUGAGGGACUAAGCGCCGUGGAACAGAAGGUGCAACGCAACAAUAGCAUCAACGCCGGCAGCAGAGACGUGGGGGAGUUGCAACAGCAGCAGCGCGCUCAUACACACCUACAUCGUCAUCAUCACCAUCAUCACGCGAGCGGCAGUGUCUGUGGCAGUGGUAGUGGCAGCGGCGGCGGCGGCAACAAUAAUCAAGACAACCUUCAAUACCAAAACACACAGCAACAACAGCCAAGCGUACAUCCACAAAGCCCAACACAAGCUGUACAGCAGCCGGCGCAACCGCAGUCACGUGAAGCGGACGACUAUUAUGACAAUCUGAAGCGCUUGGAUGCGCUGACAUUGGGACUUGUUGAACAAUUACACCCUUGGCAUAGUGAGAAAAGCGAUUUGGAGAGUUUGAACUCCGAUUACUUUAAAAACUCACUACAUCAGAGUCACGAACUACAGCAGCAGCUGGACUUUGAAGCGCUCGAAGAGGCGGUCAGUUUUUUGGCGAGUGAGAAACCACGCAUUUACCAGUCGCGGCGGCAGCAGCGCGUGUUGAGCAGCGCACAGCAGAAACUACAAAACGCAACCGAUUCCUAUCAGGAGAACAGUCAGAGUAGCGCAUUUCCCGAGACCACAACUAGUAACUCGGACGACCAGACGGAUAGUCCUUCGCUGUCCGAGCAGGAGUACGAUUUGAAAAAGAUUGAGAAGAUCUACAAGAAAACCGCAGCACUCGAGGCGGAUGAGGAGAGUUAUGAGCUUAUAAGUCUCACGACAACGACACGCACACGCAUAGAUACCACUGAAGACGAAGAGGAGGAGCACGGGGACAGCAGUUUUAAUUGCAACGAACAGUUAGUUGAUUGCCCAGCGGCCGUUGCGGAAAGCGCUGAAAAAACAAACGAGCACGAACCUAUUAAUGGCGUGUUAAAACGUACGCGUGCCUUAAGCGGAAAUCUCGAGAAACUCAUUGCAUACGACUCGGUUUAUCUGUCGUCCGAGGAGAGUUCUGAAAGCACAUUGAUUGACGAAAAUCAUUGCGGGGCUUAUGAGCGCACAACAGAAGUGACGGCACGACUCGCAGAGGACACUGGCGAAACAGCGACAUUGCUGCAUUUCUCCAUCGAAGAUAUAAUCUACGAACCGCACAACAAGCAACCGCUUAGUGACAGUGAGCGCAGAGAAUUUGAUACGGAGCAGCCAGCAGUUGCUGUUGCCUGCACGGCAACCAUAUUGACAGAGACGGAUACGGCGGAAAUUGCCACGCAAACAGCGAAGGAAAAGCAAUUAGUUAGUAUAGUGGAAACAUUAAAUACGAAAAUUGAAAAGAUACCGCUAACGGCGAACGUAUUAGACGAGGAGAAGCAGGGUGCAACGCGCGAGUCGACGACAUUGUAUACACAGAUAUUGAAAGUCGGUCAUACGUCCGCAACGUGCGGUGUCACAAAUCCUAGUGAAACUACGUCAACGUCAUCAACGACAGCAACAACGACUGCUAAAGCUUUAGUGACAACCGGUGCCACAGCGACGAUUGCAGGUAUAGUUAAGCCUGCUACAGGAGGCGCUUGCUUAACGUCACAGCCCACGGUGGGCAUUACAUCUAGUGCCGCAAGUAAACCGAAAAUCCUGUCAGUGGUCGAGAAGCGUAAGUGGAAGCGCUACAACGACACUACAGCAACAACAAAUGCUGUCAACUUAGGUGUCAACAACGAAGUCGUAGUCCUGCCACGUGGCUGUGGUUUAGAGUCAAACGCCAGCUCAGCUUUACCACCAAUUGAUUACCCACUUACGCCACUGAAGAAGCAUCAGUCAACAAACGUUGUUGACACACUUUCGUACUCCCCAUUCGCUACACAGCCGAGUGAUAACCAAUAUCAUAGUCUGCCGGAUGUGAGUAUAGGGCAGAGUCUGAAAGUGUCCGAAUCUAUCGAUGCGAAGCUGAGAUCUUCCUACAACGUACGCAAAGGUGAACUGAAAGAGUGUUGCAGACGUGCGGAGGUUGGAAAUACAAGCAGCAACAACAACACCACCGGAAAGGCUACACACCUACUGGAAAACCCUACUAACAAGUGCAAAUUAAAGCAACAACGUGAGAAAGUUGUAACUACUGAAGAAAUUUACGACUCAAUCAAGAGAUUCGGUCGUGCACAUCAGAAGGCAAGACAGAAGGAAUAUCAAGAGUUUCACGAAGUGCAUGUGGAAAAAGAGAAGAAACGCGAGGUGAAGGAGAAGCGUCUCAAAGUGCAAGAUGACGAAACGACUAAAACGGAAGUUUCAAUAGAUAUACACACUACUUCAACAUACCCCGACAGUUUAGCGGAAGAAGUUGACGGUGAGCAGAUAGUAAGCGAAGACACUGCGGGAGCACAAGAGGUUGUAGUGCUACAAAGCGAAGUUGUUCAGGACGAUACCAGCGUUGAUACUAAUGUGGCAGAUGAUACUGAUAGCAAUACAACAGCCAGAAGUUCACUGGAUACCAGCGCAAGUGAGUAUCAGGAGCAACCAAAGGACGCGCCAGACGUUGAAGUGGAAAACUUCAGCAAACUAAUUGAGAGGCGCGCAAAAGAAAUCAAAGAGAAAUCUGCUAAACCCACUCCAACCGAGGGGGAAGUCAAACGCACUAAGAACGGCGGGCCAGUACAAAGUAUAGAGACGCAACACAGAGAAUUAUAUACGAAACAAGCUGAUGAUUAUCACAUAAACGCGGUGGCAAGUCAAUUCCGAAUAAUUGUGACGGACGCGCAAGACAACAUCAUCGAAGAAGACGCAAUAGAAAACGAUGACAGCUUAAAUAGCGCAGAUCAGGUAGAUCACGCGCCGUCAAAUAAUUCGGCAUACCUAAAGCUUAACCUAGUAACGGAUGUAACAACAAGAAGAAAAGGGAAAAAGGAAAAUUCCACAAAAGAUAAAUCGACAAUUGUAAGUACGCACACGCGUGUAGCAUCGCUGAAGCGUGUGCCCUCGAAGCCGAAACGUCAGCAACACCACAUAGCACAGCACCAUCAUUGCUGUCAACAGCAACAUAAUAAAGUCAAAAGCAAUAACAGCAACCAGAAUAAAGCGGGCGCUUGGUGUAGUCAAAUCAGUAGCAAUACAACAAACGCACCGAGUAACGGUAACGUUAACAGUAGUGUUAGCGGCAGCAUUGACUACUGUCACGAUAGCAACAAUUACUGCGAAUUAUCAAUAAAAUCUAAGGAACAUCGUGUGCUCAGCACACAGAUCUACAAAGCACGUCCCAUCAAGGUACUCACAGCGAACGAUUCCUUCCGUAGACGUAGCACUGAGGGCGCCGUAACAGCCGCAGGCAGUAAGAUGUCACGACCACAAAUUUUGCACGUUGUCGACAACAAGCGGCGCGCUGACAUACUUAGCACUGCCAAAAAUGUACGAAACAAUAAUAACAGCAACAGCAAUUUCACCAAGGCUAAACUAGCGGAGGAAGGCAGUCAGGUGGAGAGUGAAUAUCUUAAAAAGGUCGACGCAGUGCGCAAUUACUGGGCGAAAUUGACAAAAGAAGGCAAUGAGCAGGUGACGGAAUGCAUGAUCUUAGACAAACAAGUAGGUGGCAUUCGCGAAGGCGAAGCUAAGGAGCAGAGAGAGCUUUCAGACUGCCAGACGCUGAAACAUGCAAACAAACAAGAAAAUGUUAAUGAGCUAACGAAAAUGAAGUUGGAAGCGGAGGCACAGCAGUUACAGCAGCCACAAAAACCGCAACCUGAACCGCGACAUUUCAUUUUGGGUCCACAAGCACACGGGCAAAUACAAUCACAGAGUCAAAGCACUUACGUUCAGCAUCAGCCAGCUAAGCCCCUUAAGCCUAGCGCCAAUCAAGAUGAAUUCUGCAGUUUUAUGCCAUCCAUUGAAAUAGUGGAACUGGACGGUGACAAGAAGGCCACCAUAGUCAGUACAGUGCCGCCUGACUCGGAAGAUGCCUCCGCUUUAGCUAACGAUGCCAACGGUGAACCACAGUUCGAUCACAUACGCUAUAAAGUACUGAAAUCGCAACAACUACUGCGCAGCAAUAUAGUGCCACGUAGCAAGAAGGAGGCCCAAUUCGAUGGGCUGAUACAAUAUUUGCAAGAGUACAGUUUCCAAGAGCUUUUGGCGAACAAUAAUGUCGUGAUUGUGGAGCCAGUACGCACGAAAAUCGAACGCCCACUAGCCAUAGCACAGUCGGCAGCGAAUGUGGCGGCCACAAAGAAACUAACACGAAAGUCCAAUGAAGGCAAUGACAGUAAAGUGGAGCAGAAACCGAAAGAGCCGUUAGCGAAUGAUGGUCUAAGCAAUGCAUGUAUACCGAAACCCAAAGAAAAAAUAAGUAAAGAAGUUGGCGAGACUGGUGAACGAGCUGCUGCAGUCGGUGGCAUUAAGCGUCACUUCUUCUAUCAGCCAGUGCGUGUCAACCGUGAGCUAUACGAGGAAGAGUUGCCUAAUCCGGACGUCGUACGUAAUGUGCGCCGUUUCUUUGAAGAAAAUGUGUUGCCCACACCGCGUGGUGGCAUGCAGUUGCUGCAUAGGCCGCCACCCGAUGUGGAUACAUUUGUGGAACGUAGUGCGGCUACCCAACUGCCGAGUCCACGUGCGAGGCGUACGCGCAAGUACCGUUAUCUAACCAUAGAUACGUCCUACGGACACUUGCCGCCUCAGCAUCAAAACCAUCAAUUGCAACAACAGCAGCAGUCGAAGCAGCAACCUGAAACCCCGAUUGCUAACAAGAAUGGUAGUCCUUUCGCGCGCAAAUGGGAUACUACUAGCUUGUCGAGCGGUAUCUCCAGCGGUGAUUUGUCGUCACCUUGUGAAUACAACGAAAUGGACGCCGCGUGCACCGAGAAACCAGAGGCCGUCAAUGAGGAGGUUCUAAAGGGCGUACACGUACAAGCGGUGGUGCAGAGACACAAUAACAGGAAUAUGCGGCAUACCGCAACGGAGCAUAUUGAUGCCAAUGUUAGUGGCGUGGAUGACUGUAAUGGACUUUUGCAGUUACGGCCACGUCCACGACCACGCAGUUGCGCCGUACGUAACAAUGAAGACGCCACUUACCGUAUCAGCGAUAUUUAUGAGCAACAUGCAAGUCAGCAGCAACAACGAAAUUUCACAAGAGAUGAUAAAAAUAGCCGACUUACCACGGAGACGGCCACUGACGACGAGGAUGCCGAUGACGAAGACCUUGACGAUGAGGUCUACGAAUCACAUUAUGUAAGCAAGGAUGUGCUCGAGAAGAUAAGGGAAUGCGGCUCCACAAUCACCUAUUAUGGCGGACGUGUAUUGCAAAGUACUUCACCAGAUCCAAUGCCCACUGGCAACCACAACAAUAACUACAAUAACAAUUCACAAGCAAAUACAGCGAAUACCAAUACAAUGACAUUGACGAAACGUCGUGUGCGACAAAUUGAGAGUUGCAACGUUUGUGAGCCACCAAGAGACUUUGCCGACCCGCAGGCUACAACACAAAAGUUCCCACAGCAAUGCGAUAAAGGCCAUGACAAGAACAACAGCUCUACAAAGGGGCCAGUAACUGAUGACGGUAGCAGAGAAAGUUCAUUGGCGCACUUUGGAAUCAAAUUCAAACUUGUCAAAUCAAACAGUUGCAGCAGUCGCCUAGAACUGGCCGGUACUGGUGUCGAAGUCGUCGAAACGGGUGCGGACGAGGCAGAGGUCGUCAAAAAGAUGGUGCAUAGGUUUGAGUGUGGAAAGACAAGACGAGAAGCAGAGCAUGGGGAAGAGCCGCUGACGAUCAACAAUCAAAUGCCAGCUAGAAGAUUGCUAGGUUGUGCCCAAACGACCACUGACAUGGAUGUGGGUGAUGUGAAGCAAGUAACGGUAAAUAAUCACAUAAAUGUGCCUAUGACUACAUAUACUUUGGAAGCGCCAAGUGUGAAACGGGACCAUAUAGAUUACACACACGUGGACGAUAAUAAGCUCGAAAUGGAGAACGCAUAUAAGGAAAAAACUUAUCAAACCUUCGCAAUGGACAUACAUUUGAGCCACAUUGACCAGCGAAAGACCCAGGCACUUGCUGCGGGCGAUAGUGUUGAUGUUGGUGAUGGCACGCUGAAAGUAUGGCGAAAUAAGAAUGUCGAUUUGGCUUUUACAAUGGCUCAAAAACAGCAGCAGCAACACAUGUUGUCAGCAGGGGAAAGCACCAUAACCCUCAACCGAAAUGCAACACAACGCGAGCCACCACAGUUUGCCAAACAAACUGCCUCCUCGACGACUCCAGCCAAUACGCCAUUGAUAAGUCAUAACGAUGACGCGUUUAAAGGCAUUCGGGAGGAAGACGAAAAAUUCCAAAACAAAAUAAAUUUAAGAAAUGACGAAUUCAAGCAACAGCAAACGUGGAAUGGAAAUGACAGUACGUCAAAUGAAACACUACGCAUCUUGCGCACUCAAGUGGAACCUCAAAGAACUUUACAUGCAACAACAACGCCGAUACUCGCUCCACGCUCCAGUGAACGGCCGGCCCAGAUUGUGGUACCCGUGGAAAUUCAUCGCGUAGACCCACAAACGCCCGAGCCGCACGGACGUGCAAGUGUGGCCAGCAGCCGCGGCAGCAGUGUAACAACCGUUAUAACAACAAACACAACGGCGCUAUUAGACAAAAGUGUAGUGCGCCAUUAUGUAGCUAAUGACAAGAGUCUCUUCGAGAAACGUAAAUACGAUGAUAUCGAAUUUGAGGAAUUCGAGGUUUACGAUCCGACAAAGGAUUUUGAAAAGUUAAUUGAAAAAGAAAAACGCCGUGAAGAAGCGAAACGAGACGAACAAUCACAGCCAUCGCAACAUCAUGAGCAGCAGCAAGAGCAACUGCCUGUCUAUAGCAAUUUGUCUACGACAUCGUUAAAUGGCGCCAACGAUGCGGCUAUGCGUUACGACGAAGACGAGGAUGAAGAAGACGAUGGACGUAAAUCGAAACUUGGCAGCGAAUGCUACGACUAUGACAGCCUCGAGGAUAAGCUGUGAGGUUGUGCGCGCGGUUCUCCUAUUCAUCCUAUAAUAAGUAUAUUUAUGUUAUCCCUUUAGUGGUUAAGUGCUUUAAAUUAAUUUUCGUUCCCGUAAUGUGCAGCGCUAUCUGAGCAAAAUUGACUUCUCCAAUCUAAUAGCGUGGAAUUUAUCGGUAAUGUAAAAUGACAACGAUAACGGUGUAGGGAAAUUAUCUGUAUACUACGAGUAUUUCAUAUAAAUAUUUUGCUAACUGAACGUGUUGCUUUUACAGUUUGAUUCAAGAACCAAUACCUAUAUUUCUUUAUUUGUUAAAAUUAAAUACGAAAAAGAACAAAUUAGUGCCUUGCACAGGAGUAAAUUUCCCUUGGCGAUUGCCACGACAAAUGCCAAAAGUACUCAUUCCAAAGUUUUAUGAACAUUUCGUAAUUAAGAUAUAAUUAUAUAUUACAUUGUGUAUUUAAAGCGAUAAAUAUAUAAUAUUAAUAAAGUAAAAGCAUA